CCCCCCCCCCCCCCGCUCUCACCUCCCGUCUGCCUGCCUUUCCUCCUUUUCCCUCGUGACUACGCACUUUCGGUUGAUUGGUGCCCUCCGAGCAUGGCCAAAGCCAUUGGACGUCGUGUUCCUGCGCAGCCCGCGGCAGCCGGUCGCCUGGCCCCUGGCCUCCAGGCCGGCAAAGAGCUCCUGCCCUCCGAGACACUUUGGUCGGAGGCCGAUCUUGAGGACGCGCGGCAGUUUGAUGUCGACAAUUUGAGGAUCCUCUUCGCGUUCGAGUACUACUUCAAGGUCAGGUACUUCCCCGGGCGCAUGCCCGAUGUGGAGCAGACACGCUUCGGCCCGCGUGGAAAAUCGGUCCCCAGACAUUACACCAAAGUCGAGGUGCGCCUGCCGCUGGAUGUGGGCCCCCGGCUGCCGAAGUAUGUCCGGCACAACCUCCAGCACAUGGCAGCCGGCCGGCUCAAUGAGCAUGGUGAGGUGGUCUUCCGAUCGGACGCCUUCAUGUUGCAGUAUUCCAACUAUGAGGCGUGUGUACGGCAGUUUGAGCUUCUCCUCCGUGCGGCGGCCGCCCUGCCUGGGCCGGCUCCCACCCCCCGGCAGGAGAGGAUCAUCGCCCUGUGCGGACUCCCUUUGAGGGCUCCAUUCCAUGCAUGCAUUUCAUCGCCAGGCCUCUCUUCCUCCGGCGACACUAACCCCCGUCUGAUGCUCGGCCUCCGUUCUUGGUCUCUGCGGGUUUCCCCUUCGCCGCCGCCACGCACUCCUGCCUGCCUGCCUGCCUGCCUGCCUGUCUCCGCCUCGCACUCUCUCUUCGCCCCUCCGCACGGGAACGGCUUGUCCUCGCGCGCGCGAUAGGGCUCGCGACUACAAUGAGCGCCGGCUGAGUGAGAAGCGCCGCCGGUCAGAGAUCAAAGAAUCCCGCCAGAUGCUCGUCGAGUGACGGGCCAUCAUCGGGAUCUUCCCUGCCCACACUGUCUAUGCGGUCUGGAUCAAUAACAGAAAGUACCCUACCA